AUGGUUAGUCAGUCUCUACCAGGGGUGUCUGGUCUUCGUCUGGUCCAGGCUGGUUUCUUCUCCCUCUCUCUGGCCUGGAAUGCCCCCACAUCACAGAUCCAGGGCUACAGACUCACCUACGGACCCAGAGGUCAGCCUGCAGCCCAGCUAUUGGAGCAGUCUCUGGCUGCAGACUCCACCUCUGUCACCCUGGAGAGGCUACUGCCAGACACAGAAUACGUCCUCACCCUAUACCCCCUGUUCCCCCGAAACUCUGCCUCCCCCGCCACCCUAACCUCACGCACAUUGCGUCUGGAGGCGGCCCAGCAGCUGUCAGUAGAGACAGUGUCAGAGCGUAGCGUCCGAGUGCUGUGGAGGGGAGUGGGUGGAGCCAGGGCCUACAGACUGGUCUGGGGACCAUUCACAGGUCGUGAUAUGGAGUCUGUGGAGGUGGCUGGUGACAGUGAGACUCACACCCUGUUGAACCUGCAGCCAGACACAGAGUACAUUGUCACUGUCAUCGCCCUCUACGAAGCCAACACAGAGGGACCUACCGCUACCGCCAGGUUCAAGAUAGAGCGUCUCGAGCAGCAGGUGCUGAAGGCAGCCACCACCGGGCCCUCCUCCAUCCGCCUCACCUGGAACCUAAUCCAGUCUGCCAGGGGAUACCGCCUGGAGUGGAGUCAGGGGGAUGGUGGCAGAGUGCAAAGUCAGUCGUUCUCCAGGAGCACCACUAGUUUUGAUCUGACAGGGCUGCAGCCCAGCACUGAGUAUGUCAUCACUCUGUUCACCCUGUAUGAUGGACGAGAGGAGGCCACCCCCGUCUCCACCUCUCCUACAGUGGAACAGCAGGUGGGGAGGGUGUCCAACCUGCGAGUGGUAGAGUCCCUGGGCAGCACUGUGCGACUGGGAUGGACAGGGGUUGCCGGGGCAACACAGUACCGUAUCCUCAUGGUCAAUACCGAAGCGCAAACAGAGGAAACCCGCAGUAUCCCUGGAAGCCAGACGACCCUUGACCUUAGGGAUCUGACGGAGGGCGUGUCUUAUGGGGUCAGCGUGACAGCUGUGGUGGGAGACAGCGAGGGGGACCCGGUCACUGUUUACAUCAAAGCAGAACAAGCAUUGGGGAAAGUGACCAACCUACGUGUGACAAAUAUCAAUGGUCGGCGACUCCGAAUCGCCUGGACAGGGGUUUUGGGGGCAACAGGGUACAGGGUCACUUGGAGACAAGGCAACAAUGCAGAGCAGUCCCGUGUUCUGGGACCAGAGGCCUCGUCCUACACGGUGGAGGGGCUGCAGCCAGACGAGGCUGUGGUCCUGGGCGUGGGGGCUGUGAUUGGUCAACGCAUCGGGGAAGUGGUCACCCUCUCGGCCAGGACCAAUGGGAACAACGGCUCAAGCUCAAGCACGGUUAGCGGCCUGCGCAUCGUUGAUGUCACCUCUCAGACGAUACGCAUCACAUGGUCACCCGUCUCCAGGGCAACUGGCUACAAGAUUACCUGGCGCAGUAGAGAAGGAGUGGAGUCCUCCCGCACAGUAGCCGCUGAUGUCACUUCCGUCACCAUCAACAGCCUUCAGGAAGACUCCUCCUACCGGGUGUCAGUCUCCUCACUGAUUGGCUCUCGAGAAGGACGCCCCGCCUCCCUGAACACCAGAACAGCGCCAGACCAGGGUGUGGUGGGAACAGUGACCUCACUCCAAGUCCGGGAGUCCCCUGGUGAGGUCGUCAGGGUAACAUGGGUGGGCGUGCAGGGAGCAACAGCCUAUCGUGUAUCUUGGAAGCGAAUUGAUGGUGGAGAGGAGAGGAGCCAGCUGGUGGGUGGUGACCUGACAGCGGUGGACCUGGAACAGCUGGACCCGGGAGCUCAGUACGAGGUGCAGGUCAUGGCCCUGGUCCAGAACAGACAGGGAACCCCGGUCUCUGUCAGAGUCACCACACCAGGGGAACCUGCUGCUGUAGACCGUGUGGAAGGGGUCAGAGUGCUGGCGGCUACCCCAGGGGUGCUGCGACUGGUCUGGAGAGGGAUGGCCGGGGUGACAGGGUACCGCAUCUACUGGAGAUCAGCCCUGGGUGAGUCUGAAUCGAGCCGUCUGAUAGGUAGAGAUGCAACCUCGUUUGACCUGGAUGGUCUGCGGCCUGGGGUGAGCUACACUGUGAGGCUGGCUGCCAUCUUCAGGGACAGAGAGAGUCAAGCUGUCACUAUCACUGCCUCCACAGCUCCCUUACAGCCUGUAAGGGGUCUGCGUGCUAUGGAGGUUACCCAGAAUUCUGUGUUGUUGGGCUGGGUUCCAUUGACUGGUGCCACCGGAUACGUCCUGCGCUGGAGAGAGGAGAGGGACACUGGUCUGGGUCAGUCCAUCCCUCUGCCUGGGACAUCCAGCUCCUACAGGGUGACAGGGCUGCGUCUGGGCCUGAGGUACCGCUUCACCCUGCAGCCUAGCUUCCAGAGGGAGGUUGGCCCUGAGACCUCACUGGACGAACGGACUGUGUGUGUAGGUGGUCGUCUGGACGUGGUGUUCCUGGUUCCAGCCUCCAGGGAUCGGACCAGCCUGGUUGAGCCCCUACUCUCCCUACUGACCAGCGCUGCCGGCUCCCUCACCACCAUCGGAGCCCAGGACUCACAGAUGGGGAUUGUAGUGUACAGCGCCCGGCCCAAGGUCUGGUUCCUGCUCAAUCGCCAUAGCAACAGUGAGACGCUGCUUCAGGAGAUCCUGUCCACGCCUUUUGAAGACGGCCCAGGGAAUGCUCUAGGCCAGGCGGUGACGUUCACAAGACAGUUCCUUCUCAGCCCCACAGCUGGUCGUAGACCAAGAGUUCCUGGCGUGGUGGUGAUCAUUGCAGACAGAAAAUCGUCCGACAACGUCACUGUCCCAGCGAGUGCUGUCAAAGCCUCAGGUGUGACAGUGCUGGCGGUGGGUAUAGGUCGAGCGGACUCUGAGGAACUGCGCCAGGCGGUGACAGAUGGCAGCACCCAGAACCUCCUAUAUGCUCGUGAUGCCACCCAGCUUGGCACCCUGCACGCCGACCUGGCUGACCUGCUGUGUGGCGUCGCCAGGAUACCAGAGGGAGGGGGCCCAGUGGCAGAGCCGUGUACCAUACAGUGUCCUCGGGGUGAUCGGGGGGAGCGAGGAGAAAAGGGAGAGAGAGGAAGAGACGGUACUGACGGACGCAAAGGAGAGCCGGGUCGUGAUGGUUUGCCUGGCAGGGAGGGCCCCAGGGGGCCUGAGGGGCGACAGGGUCUGCCUGGCGGGAGUGAGGCCCCCUCAGUUGGGGUCAGAGGGGAGAAGGGGGAGAGGGGUUUUCCUGGUCUGGAUGGGGGUCCAGGGUUGCCAGGGCGACCAGGGACCCCGGGCCCUGCAGGAGUACCGGGUUCACAGGGGCUACCGGGUAUCAGAGGAGAUCCUGGUGAUCCUGGGGUUAAAGGAGCACCAGGGACAAAGGGUGACAGGGGCGACAGGGGUGAGCCAGGGUCGGCUGUUUCAGGAGGAGGUCUGCCUGGGAGGAAAGGAGAACCAGGGAUCCCAGGAAUACCAGGUACCGCAGGGCGUCCAGGAACUGACGGGGCCAAGGGCUUUGUGGGACCUGCAGGGACCCCAGGACAAGACGGUCGCCCCGGGAUACCAGGCACCCCUGGCAUCUCCAUCAAGGGAGACAAGGGCAGCACCGGCGAGAGGGGACCUCCAGGAGUGGGCAGUGGCUCGGCUGUAAAGGGGGAGAAGGGAUCACCGGGGUCUGAUGGAAACCCAGGAGCUCAAGGUCCCAGAGGAUUUACAGGACAACAGGGAGCCAAAGGAGACAAGGGAGAGAGUGCCGAGGGGUUGCCAGGACCAGCUGGGAAGGCAGGAGAGCCUGGUGAUCGGGGUCCCCGUGGGCCUGCUGGAGGCCUUGGAGUCAAGGGGGACCGUGGCCAGCCAGGUGAGCCUGGAUCACAAGGUGACAGGGGGGAGAGAGGACUUGCUGGCUUGGCAGGGGAGAGAGGGAAGACAGGACAGCCAGGCUCUACAGGGGCUCCAGGCCUGAGGGGUUUGCCUGGCACCAGUGGACUACCAGGGGAGAAGGGCAGUGAGGGCGCCAAGGGAGAACCUGGCCGGAGUGGGCCAGGCUUAGGUGGGAAGAAAGGUGAACAGGGUGAGACAGGUCUGCCAGGUCCGGAGGGGCCCAGGGGUCAGAAAGGAGAGCCAGCCCAGAAAGGUGAAAAAGGUCCCCCAGGUGCUGGCACUCCUGGCCAGGCUGGACCUAAAGGAGAGCAGGGGGAUCGGGGACUCCCUGGCUUAGCUGGAAGACUGGGGACCAAGGGAGACCCAGGUGACCCAGGAGAGAGAGGGGAGACAGGACGAGCCGGACCCGGAGGAAAGAAUGGCCUCCCAGGGAAAGAGGUCUGA